CGAACUUUUUCACAACCUCUAUCGCACCUGCUUCCAAAUCACCCCUCGCACCAACCCCCGACUUCUUUCCCAAUUAACAAAAUGGCGAAAGAAAAGUCAGAGAGGCGCGACAAGAAAGAAAAGAAGGAGAAGCGCAGCGAUAGCGACGGUGUCAAGAAACCCAAGAAAGACAAGAAAUCGAAGCUCAAUGGAGACAAUAUUGCUGCAGCAGUCGAGGUCGUCACCAAGGUCAAGCCCGCGAAGGCCGAUAGUGAAGAACCAGAAGAGACAACGAAGGCAUUGGCAGUGAAGGAUACCUCUGACGAGCUUGCGGUCAAGCCUGUUGGAGCUCUCGUGCCAUUUGCGAACCCAUUGGCGGACGACAAGGUUGCGAAGAAGGUGCUGAAAAGUGUAAAGAAAGCUGCGAAGAACAAGACCCUCAAACGAGGCGUCAAAGAAGUCGUAAAAGCUCUUCGAAAAUCCCCCGCUGGCACAUCUUCCACCUCCGCAGUAGGCGUUGUCAUUCUCGCAGCGGACAUCUCACCCAUGGACGUCAUUUCACAUAUCCCAGUCCUUUGCGAAGACCACAAUGUACCAUACAUCUUCGUCACCUCUCGCGCAGAACUUGGUGCAGCAGGAAAUACAAAGAGACCUACUAGCGUGGUUAUGGUCUCCGAAGCGCGGUCAGGGAACAAGAAAGCGGAGAAGAUUGAGGGAGACGAGGAGUUCGCGGAUGUCUAUAAGGAUCUUGUGAAGGUUGUUGAGAAGGAGAGCAGGAGUGUGAAGGUUUAGAGCAUACCAUCCUCGUUGGGCUGUACGAGAGCAACGAGAUCGCUAUGGGCAAGUAAGCUUAACUGGCGGGUACUUGUCGUUACGGGCAGAAAUUGUGCUGUAUCAUACGGUACUGGGUUCGAGUACUGGCAGAGUCUUGUUUUGGGAUACUGUCGCUGGCGUUCUGGCUGGAUAGGGAAUGUAAAAAGUCACAAUUCUAGCCACGGCAGCACCGUGAUCUCUUCAUUACACUUCAGUUCAUGCAUGCUAUUAGGAAGCUUAUCGAUUUUGCUAGGUGUAGACAAGUCAUAUUUGCGAAGGAGGAAGCCAUGCAGAUCUCGAAACAUCAUCUUUCUAAUAUUAC